AUGUCAAAAUAUUUUAAAUAUAUAUCUGAAAAAGGUAUUACAAAUUUAGCAAAUUAUCAUUACUCUGGUGUUGAUAAUUCAUUUUGUGGUAAUAAAUUUUUAAAACAUUGGUGGAAUUAUUGCGUUAAUUUCACCCCACUUUGGUUGGCACCAAAUAUUAUAACAUUAGUAGGUUUAUUAUGUAAUAUUGGAAUGUAUUUGAUUAUGUAUGUUCAUUGUCCAACAUUAACCGAAGAAGCUCCAAGAUGGUGUUAUUUUGCUGUUGCAUUUUUAAUUUUUGCCUAUCAAACAUUGGAUAAUGUUGAUGGUAAACAAGCAAGAAAAACAAAAUCAUCCUCACCAUUGGGUGAAUUAUUUGACCAUGUUUGUGAUGCUUUAAGUGUUGCUAUGUUUGCAAUUGUAAUGUCAGCAACAUUAAGAAUUGGACCAUAUUGGACAUUUUUUAGUUUUAUAGUUGGAAUGUGGCCAUUCUAUUUAGCACAUUGGGAGGAAUAUCAUGCAGGUAUUUUGGUGAUGGGUGAAUUUAAUGGUCCAACCGAAGCUCAAGUUUUAUUCAUGAUCAUUGAAAUCAUUACAGGUAUUUUUGGUUCCGAUAUUUGGACAUAUGGCACUUCAACUACAGUUGGUAAGAUUGCAACUGUUUUCGUUUCAAUUGGUGCUGUUGUAACAUGUUUACAAAACUUUACAAAUACAUAUAAAUUAGAGAAUAGAAUGACAUUUGGUAAAUGUUUAUUACAAUUAACUCCAAUUUGUUUAUUCACUGCAUUAAUUGUUAUUUGGGCAUCAGUAUCAAAUUUAAUAACAGAACAACCACACCUUUUCAUUAUGACACUUGGUAUCUUAUUUGGAUACAUUCAAUCUAGAUAUAUCACUCAAAGAGUUUGUCAUGAUGAUUGUUCUUUAUUCUACCCAAUUUUCGUUCCAAUCAUCAUUGUAGUUUUAAAUUCAAUUUUGGCUUCUUCAGAUGUUCAUUUGGUUAGUGAAACUGUUGCACUUUGGAUUUUAUUCUCAAUUGCAUGUGCUCAAUUUUUAUUAUUUUCAUACUUUACCACUCAACAAUUGUGUGACCACUUGAAGAUUAAAGUAUUUACAAUUCCAUAUCCAUCGAAUAGUGGUAUUGGUCCUUCCCAAGAGUAUGAAAAUUCACUUUUAUCUCAAAUGGAGGAGGGUUCAAGUUCCAUCGGUAAUAGUACUGAUGAUAUUAAUCCAAGUGAAAUUGAAGAAAUUUAG